AUGAAUACUUGCAAGAAAUCUCCCUUGAAGCCAUGGAAGAAGGGGUCAACCAGAGGGAAAGGUGGCCCCCAGAAUGCCUCGUGUGAGUAUCGAGGCGUGCGGCAGAGAACUUGGGGCAAAUGGGUUGCUGAAAUAAGAGAGCCGAAGAAGAGAACCAGACUCUGGCUUGGUUCUUUUGCCACAGCUGAAGAAGCUGCCAUGGCUUAUGAUGAGGCUGCAAGGAGAUCAUAUGGCCCAGAUGCAUACCUUAAUCUUCCCCACCUAAAACCCAACUCCAAUUCACCUAUCACAUCUGCAAAGUUCAAGUGGUUCCCUUCCAAGAACUUCAUUUCAAUGUUUCCUUCUUGUGGAUUACUCAAUGUGAAUUCUCAACCUAGCGUUCAUUUAAUCCAUCAGAGACUACAAGAGCUUAAGCAGAACUCAGUUGUAAGUCAAUCUCCAUCUGAUUCAUCCAAUGAUAAAAGGGCAGAAAUUCAGAAUGUAGAGAGCAAAAAUCAUGCAGAAAAUCCUCCAAAAAUAAAAGAUCCUCAAGCAUCAUCAGAAGAUGUACUUGGAGAUAUUCAUGAGAAACCCCAGAUAGACCUCCACGAGUUUCUUCAACAGCUGGGAAUACUGAAAGAAGAAAGACAGUUGGAAAAAGCUGAUAGCUCAGAAAGUUCAACAGUGCCUGAAGCUGUGUUGAGAGAUGACAAUGAUCAACUUGGAGUGUUUUCUGACCAGGGUGUUAACUGGGAGGCAUUGAUUGAGAUGGAUGGAAUUGCAGAUAUUCAGGAAUCAGAAGCCACUCACCUUUAA